AUGUCUGACUACGGCCAUGACGACGAUGUCGAAGAGACCUUCGACUACGAGCCCGGCGAGGAUGUGUUCGACGAGGAGCCGGAGGAGCAAGAGGCCCUCGAAGGCGAGGAUGGCGCCGAGGGAGAAACAUACGCCACUGCCAACGGCGAUAACGUUGUCGUCUCUGGCGAUCCCAAUGCUGGAUAUGCAGGAAAAGUGAUGGAACAGUCGCGCGAGAAGAAGGUGCCUAAUGACCAGCGCACUACCACUCCAUACUUGACCAAAUACGAGCGCGCGCGUGUUCUCGGCACCCGUGCCCUACAAAUCAGUAUGAACGCCCCCGUUCUUGUCGAUCUCGAGGGUGAAACCGAUCCCCUGCAGAUUGCGCUGAAGGAGUUGAACCAGAAAAAGAUCCCUCUUAUCAUUCGCCGAUACCUUCCUGAUGGAUGGUAUGAGGACUGGACUUGCGAGGAACUGCUGUAA